AUGGCCACUGAAGCAGCCGGAGUUUAUCCUGCCCUGCAGGACCGCCCCCUCAAGGGCACAAUCUGUCUCUUUGAUGUCGACAAGACGUUAACGCCUGCCCGAGCUAAUGUCACCCCGGAGAUGCUCACGCUUCUCUCUCAGCUGCGUCACAAGUGCGCGAUCGGAUUCGUUGGUGGCUCGAAUCUUCCCAAGCAGCAAGAACAGCUCGGUAGAAACACCACGGACGUCACAACCCUAUUCGAUUUCUGCUUCGCCGAGAACGGUUUGACCGCUUUCCGCCUGGGCAAGCCUCUUCAAAGCAACAGCUUCAUCCAAUGGCUGGGAGAGGAAAAAUAUCAGAAGUUGGUCAACUUUCUGCUCAAGUACAUCGCCAACGUGGAGAUUCCUAAGAAGCGCGGCACCUUCGUCGAAUUCCGCAAUGGCAUGAUCAACGUCAGCCCGAUUGGCAGAAAUGCUAGCACCGAGGAACGGAAGGAGUUUGAAGCGUAUGACAAGAUUCACAACAUCCGCCGCGACCUUGUAGAUGCGCUCAAGAAGGAGUUCCCUGACUAUGGUUUGAGCUACUCUAUUGGUGGUGAAAUCUCGUUUGACGUUUUCCCGACCGGCUGGGACAAGACUUACUGCCUACAACACGUCGAAGCCGAGAAAGACAUUACGGGUAUCGAUUAUAAGACAAUCCACUUCUUCGGUGACAAGACAUUCCCUGGUGGUAACGACUACGAGAUCUACAGUGACCCUAGGACGAUCGGUCACUCCGUUGAGGACCCUGAUGACACCAUGAGACAGUUGAGGGAGCUCUUCCAGCUCUAG